AUGAUGGAUUAUAAAUCGAUCGUGUUGCUGUGCUGCUUUAUGGCGUCGGUACUUGCUGUGCCUGUGGAGAAAUACACAGACAAGUAUGACAACCUCAACAUUCAAGAGAUUAUUGAAAAUAAAAGGCUGCUAGAGGCUUAUGCGAACUGUUUCCUCGACAAGGGCAAGUGCACUCCUGAAGGAAAGGAAAUGAAAUGUACAGUACUUAAGUUUAAUAUUUCUAAUUCG